GAAGUCUUGACACAAACAAACUAAGUGCUUUGUGAGAGGGGUGUGCGGCAAAUUUUCAGUCAACAUGGACGAAGUAGAUAAUUUAAGGAAAGCUCUGAACAUCGUGGCCAAGAAAUUGGGAAUCAAAGAAUGGCGCUACCAGCACAAGAUUGCCAAUGGAGACGCCUUGAACUUUCUGGGCAACUUGAAACCUGUCUUGUUGAUAGACGAAUCGACUUCAGAGGAAUAUCACCUUAUCAUUAAACUUGCUCCUUACCUACAAGGACUGGAAUCCGUAAUCAAAUUCGCCUACGACAAAGAAGUGUACGUGUAUGCUACGCUGUUCCCGAUCUACAGAAGCCUGGACACUGGGAUCGACUACGAGAAGUUGUUUCCGAAGUGUUACUACGGAGAUUCAGAUAACCAACUGUUGGUGAUGGAAGACAUGACGACGCUUGGAUUUUUCAAUUACGUUGGACAGUAUUUAGAUAAUGACCACAUAAAUGAGUCACUAAAAGCUGUCGCCCGAUUACACGCGCUGUCCAUGAUUUUAAUUGAAAAGAAGAUUCAUCUACCCAAUUAUAGUCUUCGACCAUUUGUAAGCAGUGAUCCAGACUUUUAUUUCUCAGUAAUGACUUACUGCAUGCAGAAACAUGCCACGUUAUUCCAAAAUAUGAGUCACUACGAUUUAUUAGUGAAGCUGCUGAAUAAUUUUUCGAAUAAUAUGAAUUAUAGCUCGCUGAAGGCUAGAAAAUUGGUGUAUGGACAUGGAGAUUGCUGGAAGGCAAAUGUUUUAUUCGAAUACAGGAACAAGAAACCAGUGGGGGCCUGCCUAGUCGAUUACCAACUCAGUCGGCUGAUGAACCCAGCACAAGAUGUUCUCUACUUCGUCAUGACUUCCACUAACUCCAGCAUGAGGGAUCAGAAGACCGUCGAUUCUUUUCUAUCCACCUACUAUAACGAACUAACGAAUAUUCUCCAAAAAAAUGGCUUAGACUCAAAAAUUUUAUACUCCGAAGAGGAUUUCCAGCACGAUUUAAAAGAGGUAUUUCCUAUAUGCUUUAAUGUAGCGUUUGUAUCUUUCACGAUGUGGUUAGGCCUUGAAGAUAUGAACUCCUUACAUUUUAGAACGGAGAAGGAUAUUCUUGAAGACAAACGCAAGGAGAUUGAAAGUCAACUGACGAAGAUUCUAUGGGAAUUAUUGAUAGACUUUAAGGCUUUGGGUUUUUUAGACGAACCGACCUGCGAAAUGUCGAUCCUGAGCUCCACUUCAAGAAAUGUUCCUGACAUCUGCGAAGUCGCAACUUUCUCAGCCUACAUCAACACGUUCCAAGAAAUCAAGUCGAAUAAGUGGAUCUUCAUCCUACAACAUAAAACUCCAUAUGCAUUGAAAUGCGGCGACAAAACCACCCAUGGUGAAAUAUCCGGGACAGGCAUCAUUUCGCUAGAAGAGAAUUACCUCAACGACGACAGCAUGUACAGAUACCCAUGGCUUCACUUCAUCAUACAACAACUUCUAUAUCUGAAGACGAAGACGAAUCGCCCACUGCAACGCCCAAUCCUCAAACCUUGGGCAAAACCGCCCAAUCUUUGUUCUAAGUUUUGCUUUCACUACGUAACAGGGGUGUGCGGCCAAUUUUCAGUCAAUAUGGACGAAGUGGAAAAUUUAAUGAAAGCUUUGAACAUCGUGGCCAAGAAAUUGGGAAUCAAAGAAUGGCGCUACCAGCACAAGAUCGCCAAUGGAGACGCCCUGAACUUUCUGGGCAACUUGAAACCUGUCUUGUUGAUAGACGAAUCGACUUCAGAGGAAUAUCACCUUAUCAUUAAACUUGCUCCUUACCUACAAGGACUGGAAUCCGUAAUCAAAUUCGCCUUCGACAAAGAAGUGUACGUGUAUUCUACGCUGUUCCCUAUCUACAGAAGCCUGGACACUGGGAUCGACUACGAGAAGUUGUUUCCGAAGUGUUACUACGGAGAUUCAGAUAACCAACUGUUGGUGAUGGAAGACAUGACGAAGUUCGGAUUUGUCAAUUACGUUGGACAGUAUUUAGAUAUUGACCACAUAAAUGAGUCACUAAAAGCUGUCGCCCGAUUACACGCGCUGUCCAUGAUUUUAAUUGAAAAGAAGAUUAAUCCACCUAAUUAUAGUCUUCGACCAUUUGUGAGCAGUGAUCCAGACUUUUACUUCUCAGCAAUUACUUACUGCAUGCAGAAACAUGCCCCGUUAUUCCAAAAUAUGAGUCACUACGAUUUAUUAGUGAAGCUGCUGAAUAAUUUUUCGAAUAAUAUGAAUUAUAGCUCGCUGAAGGCUAGAAAAUUGGUGUAUGGACAUGGAGAUUGCUGGAAGGCAAAUGUUUUAUUCGAAUACAGGAACAAGAAACCAGUGGGGGCCUGCCUAGUCGAUUACCAACUCAGUCGGCUGAUGAACCCAGCACAAGAUGUUCUCUACUUCAUCAUGACUUCCACUAACUCCAGCAUGAGGGAUCAGAAGACCGUCGAUUCUUUUCUAUCCACCUACUACAACGAACUAACGAACAUUCUACAAAAAAAUGGCUUAGACUCAAAAAUUGUAUACUCCGAAGAGGAUUUCCAGCACGAUUUAAAAGUGGUUUUUCCCAUGUGCUUUAAUGUAGCGUUCCUAUCUUUCACGAUGUGGUUAGGCCUUGAAGAUAUGAAGUCCUUACAUUUUAGAACGGAGAAGGAUAUUCUUGAAGACAAACGCAUGGAGAUUGAAAGUCAACUGACAAAGAUUCUGUGGGAAUUAUUGAUAGACUUUAAGGCUUUGGGUUUUUUAGACGAGUAAAAUACUUACAACUCAAGUAAGUAGUUCGCAAACAAACGGCCAAACAUUAUAGCAAUUGAGUUAUUUGUGAACGAACAUUGGUUAGAGGGGAGGAGUAACCUGUACCUAGGUACUUAUUGAUGACAUUAUUUAGUUACUUACCCAAUAAGUAUUCUUGUUGAGAAUCAAAGUGAGCUGUCCUCAAACUUGUCUUUAACUCUCUCUGUAUCGGUAUUUUUAUUUAGUUCAACCAGUAGGUAACUUAUCUUGCCU